CGAUGCUGAGCGCUGUUGAACAAACUGAAGAAGUGAAGGGGACUUGUAUGUUGCGAAUAUUUGGAGGAAACUCUAUUGGAAAUCGCUACCGGUGCUGGGCUCGGUUCUGGGCACAAUUGAAAUGGUGGCUGAAAUAUUUUGAGGACGGUUAUACACAAGAUCGGUCUGAGGCUGUCCAUCAUGGCUGGAAUGCCUGUUGCUGCUGGCGUGCAAGUAUGCAUGCCACGUAAUCCAGUAACACAGAUGCCGUCUCCAAGUCGUUGUGCUAGAUCGCAUGCAGACCCUGUCGACACCAUGCAGUCGCCAGACGAGCCGUCUGUGUUGAGCGCAGAGGAGCUGAGGAGAGUGCAGCGCUUGACGAGCGAUAACUGGGCCAGCGGAGAUGAUAGCGAUAUAAGGGGUGAGCGGAUGAAAUCUGACAGAGAGCAGAGAGUUACGUGGGCCAGUGAAGGCGAUGAGAGCGAGACUGAGCUAGGUGAUGAGGUGUACUAUCAGAAACUGCUGGAGCUGAAGGAGAGAAACCUGCAGAAUCUGAGAGCUGUGGAGAAGCUUUAUCACAGGCACGUUCAGGAAGGUGGCCACCAUCAUCAUUCAAGCAUCGGCACGGAAGAGUGUCUAGUGCAAGAUGAAACCCCUGCCUAUCAGGCCACAGCAGCUGAUCAGCGGCAGCCAAGUAGCACCAACGUUUCAGUCACGCAACACCUGCCACAUAAUAGCAGAUCACAGUACUCUGCUGGUGUUGGGCGUGUUGAGGAUGUGCCACAGGAAUCCUCCGCAGACCUGGAAAGCGACACUGGUUCAGCAUGCAGCUCUGAGUCGGCUCAGUCUGGUAGCCCAGGGCAACUCCGCUCCAAUAGUGUGGUGGAAGUGGAUGGGUUUGCAGCUGGCUAUUUGGAAGGGGCAGAUCUACCCCCAUCGCUGCAUCAUGAUGAUUAUAUGUCCCUAACUGAUGAAAGACUAUCUUCAAGUGACGACCAGCAACAAAACAGUGGAAACGAGUCAGAAAAUGGUGUCCGUCACCAGCAUCUCAUUGAUAGCAUGUGGGAUGACUUCCGUGUGGAGCGGGGAAAGCUAAAACGCAGUGCGAAAGGGGCAUGGUCACCAACCUACACUAUUCCUGAGCCAUUUGAAAUGACUCGACGAACGGAGCGGCAGCAACGCAACAGGGAGAAUCAGUCCCGGUGCAUUUUGGAAGCUGAAGAGAAGCGACUGCAACGUGAACAGGAAGAAUUGGAAGCGAUGCGUGUCAGAUUCUCUGCGAAGGAUGUUCCUGGAUUUGUGAAACGUCCAAUCUAUGAGUCCAUGUGUUUAGCCGAGGAGGAGAGACGAAAGAAGUCACGGGAAGAGUAUGCAAAACGACUUUUGGCUGACCAGCAACCAUUUUCUUUUCUAGAGCGCGAGCAGAAGAAAAAGGAGGCCCGGCGGAAACGAGCGCCACGGAAACCAGCCGAGCAGAAGAUAUUCCGUGCCAAACCAUUGCCAAAUGAUAUCUUAGAGCCAUCAUCACAAGAACAAACUUUGGAAGAGGAACUGUACAGACAGAUUCGUAUGAAGAUCAGAUCUGACACAUUACUAGCCAAUUCUCAUUUGCCACAAAGCAUGGCAAAUCGACAGAAAAGCCUCCGCUAUACACAAGGUGACCUACGACACAAGACAAGCCAGCGUCACGAAUCACGAGCAUUUGUCACUCGAGAGCACAGAUUCAGGCCUCGGAUCAAUUCCGGUGUGCCUGAUUUCGGUGAGCUCCAUCGUCGCUUGGAUUCGACCCAGCAGGUCUCUCGGGAGCAGCACCAGCCAACGACUAUCAAGCCAUUCUUUUUGAGAACGGAGAUCGUCGCGGAGAAGAAACAGCGGGACCGGGAGCACGGGCAAUCCAGCAGUGUGCUUAGUGUUAGGCCAGGCAGCGCACCACCGCCCAGUACGUACGUGAGAUCUGCCGACUCUUUCCACACCAGAGUAACACGAUCCUCACAGCUGCGUACCGAUCACACGCAGGCAAAGUUGCGUAAACGCCAGGCGCAGGCAAUGGACCACGCAGUUCUGCAGUCCCAGAAGGAGGACAGAGAGCGAAAUGUGCGUGACCGGUUGGCUGCAUCAAUGAAUGACAGUGGUGGACGUUCAUCUAUGUCAAUGGAUAUUGACGCCUAUCAAAAACUACAACAGAACCAAGCUGCUCAACAAGCCCGCGAACAACAAUACCGGCAGGAACUUGAGGAGAUGGAGCAGAGGCUGGCUGAGCGGCCGCUAUUACUUGAACGUACCGCGCAAACAAAUGCCAGAUUAGCGGCAGAACAUCAUUUUGAUAACACUUUGAGGAAUGCUGGCGUGAAGGACUUCGAGCAUUUGUCCAUCCGUGAUAGUCCACCUGCAAAAUCCUCCCGAAUGCAGGGCCGGGAAAGGAUGUCAAGUUUGUCAUCAAUCAGUGACUAGGAAUUACAAGUGCCUGAAAUCUCUCCACUCCCACUGAGGCGGGACAUUUCUGCCGCAUUGAAACAUCCAUUUAUCCACACUAUCAACCUCGACAUUCUUGCCUUCCGAAGUAUUCACAGACAGGUUGAGGGACUCAUGUUCAUGUUUGAAUAACAGAAUGUAUAGUUUCUGACUGCACGUCAGAAACCUUCAACACUACGACUCCUUGAAUCUGUUAAAAAUUAAAAUGGAGUGUGUGCUUGGUAAACAUUCGUUUGUUGAUACUGUCACGUUGCUAUUGCUGUCAUAAAUUGUGCUUCAGUGAUGUGAACCCAAUUUGAUAUUGAUUAAGGUAGUCCGCAGGCUAAUCCUGGUGAAUUCGUGAUCCAGCAUGGCAACAGCGUCACAGCAAUGCGCAUUCAUGCAAUAACAGUACGAUUCAAUACA